GGCCUGGGUGACUGUCCUCUGGUCAGAAAGCCAUGUGAGGGAAUUACUGCUGAGGCUGGACUCCGCUGCUGCCAGCCUGGUGGGACUGUGUCCUGACAUCAUUGGGAUCAUUCAGUUGUCCCUUCACCUGGCCCUGUCCCCAGGUGAAGCGCCGUCCCAGGCACUGGGGGUGUGGUGAAGCAGCCACCAGGCCUGCUCUAGGGCAGCCUACAAGCCAAUGGGGAAGACAAAUAGAAAUACCCUGAUCCUGACAAACAGCACGCAGAGAGCUGGUGGUAAGGCUGUGUGGGAGUUACCCGGUGUUUCCUGAAUGCUGGGUGAGGAAGUCCUCGCCCUAAUCCCUUUCUCUACAUUUCCUUUCCUCUGGUCCCAUGAUGGUUUGGAGCAGGGCAGCUGCGUGAAGGGCGGCCCAAAAAGGAGAUGGGCUUGUGAGGGCAUGAGUGGAUGUAAGGGAAUCAGAGUGGAGGCUGUUGAGGGGGAGAUGCGGGCAGCUUGAGCCAGGAAGCCAGGGUGUGUGGUGCGGAGAAAUGGGAUGAUUUUGGAAGUAAAGUAAACAACUUGGUGACUGGGUUGGAGGUGAGGAAUAAGGGAAAAAUAAGUGAAUUAAGACCAAUGCUUUAGAUUUCCCCACAAGACUGAGAGAGGACCUCAGCAUAGCGCCUGGCCCCUGGCGGGUGCUGAGUACAUUUCAGCAUCUGGAGAUAACUGCACACCAUCCCCUGCCACUCCCUGCCCAUCCCACCUGCUCAGACCUGCGUUCUGCCUGGGUCAGCACGUUCCUCUCCAGGUCUCAGUUUUCCCAUCUGUGGAAGGUUAACACUACUUGCCUGCCCAGUCUGGGAGGCUCAGCAGGAGAUGACUGGAGGGGUGGUCGGUACAAAGUGUCCUGCAGUGAAUCCAGGAGUGGGGACAGUGUUCAGGAGAAACUCCUGCCAUGGGCACCUGGCCAAGCAGACUCCAGCACCCAAGGGUGUUCAAGGGUCAGGACUCCGGUCAGAGGGCACACCAGCCCCUGUAGAGGCUGAGUCCCAGCACUGUCAUUUCUCACCCUCGGCUCCAGGCAGAGGCUGGAUGUUAUGUUCAGCCUUGCUCUCGAGGGGGCGCCAUUGGACAGCUGCGCCUGUGGCCAGGAGGUGGUGCAGUUGGGCUGUGGGUCCCCACUGGUCAACCCCCAUCCUUUGGGUGGCAGCCAGGUGGCCCCUUCCCUGUAGGCACAUCCCAGUUUUGGAGACUCUAAAAGAGCGUUUCCCUCCGCCCCGGCCAGAGUGGCCCUGGAGAGGCCCACAGGGCUGGGGCAGCUGCCAGGUUCGCUGCAGGCAAUGGGCUGUGACGUGCAAGGGCCAGGUCUCAGCAGGGAGUCCUCUAUGUCACUGUCUUCUAUGACGCGAAUAACAAAUAUUUUGUUUACUCGUCCUUGUUUACCCUCCUCCUCUACUUGAAAAUCGCGUUUUCCACUUCAAUUUUCCUGUGUCUCUGGUACAUGCAGGGUUGUUCCCAAUCAGCUGGUUUGAGUUUCUUGGAUGUUUAGAGAUAACAUGCAUUCCCCAUUCCCUCAACCCUGCUGUGCAACCCCCACCCCCGAACCCCGCCCAGAACAAGCUGGGGGCAGUGGUAAAGUGAUGAACUCCGCGGGGACACAUCUGAGGGGAGCCUUCGGGAAGGGGCCUGGGGCAAGGGUGUAAUAUGUUCAGGGAUGGGGAGAAAGGGCCAGAAUGCAGGGCUUGCUACUUGCUGCCCUGCCUUGCCUGGUCCUUUGCUCUCAGAGCCUCAAACAGCCAUUUUGAGAUGGAAACAGGCUUGGCAGAGGGCAGGCAGGGGCCGAGAUUCAGCAAAUCAGUGACCAAAUCAGGAUCGCUGUGAGAAUAGGAGGUGUUACUAAAAUGGCAGGAGGCGGCUGAGGGAUGGGCGGCCCCAGACCCGGAUCUCACACUGGGCAGCAGCACGGCUGAGAAAGACCCCAGUGACCUUGCCUCCCUGCUGGGCGGCCAGUGCUCUGCACAGAGCCCUGGGCAGCACAGCCCGCCUCCCACGCUGAUGUCACGACACCCAGACCUUGGAGGGCCCUCUGACUCCGCCUCCUGGGGGAAGGCACUGGAGUGGGGAGGAGAGGGCAGCAGUGCCGGCCAGAUAUCUGCCCUAGGCAGGAAAGGAGUGCCUGAGAGAGUUACACAGUAACAAACUAAAAGACCCAGAGAGACCCCCAGAGCAAGCCACGGAGCAAGACAGGAAGAGGAGACCUGUGUCUGCAGAUUGUCUGAGACCCGCCACCCUAGCUUCCCGAGCCCUCCAUGCAGGCAGCAGCUGUGGCCAGGCUGGUGGGCAGCUGAGAGUGGACAUCUGGGACCCAGGCCUCUCUCAGACACUCUCCUUGGAUAAGUCACUUCCUUCCUCCGGGCCUCAAAUUUACCAUCUGUGAAAUUGCACUUUGAAGCCUCACUGGCUGAGGUUGUUGGAGGAACAAGAACCGUGUCUGGCCAGGUGGGCAGCAGGAGCAUUUGAUAAAGGACAAUGGUGAUUCUUCAGCAGGGGGACUAUGUCUGGAUGGACCUGAGAUCUGGGCAGGAGUUUGAUGUGCCCAUCGGGGCGGUGGUGAAGCUCUGCGACUCUGGGCAGAUCCAGGUGGUGGACGAUGAAGACAAUGAACACUGGAUCUCCCCCCAGAACGCCACGCACAUCAAGCCCAUGCACCCCACGUCGGUCCAUGGCGUGGAGGACAUGAUCCGCUUGGGGGACCUCAAUGAGGCGGGCAUCCUACGCAACCUGCUCAUCCGAUACCGAGACCACCUCAUCUACACCUACACGGGCUCCAUCCUGGUGGCUGUGAACCCCUACCAGCUGCUCUCUAUCUACUCGCCAGAAAACAUCCGCCAGUAUACCAACAAGAAGAUUGGGGAGAUGCCCCCCCAUAUCUUCGCCAUCGCUGACAAUUGCUAUUUCAACAUGAAGCGCAACAGCCGUGACCAGUGCUGCAUCAUCAGUGGCGAGUCUGGGGCAGGGAAGACGGAGAGCACGAAGCUGAUCCUGCAGUUUCUGGCGGCCAUCAGUGGGCAGCACUCGUGGAUUGAGCAGCAGGUGCUGGAAGCCACUCCCAUCCUGGAAGCAUUUGGGAAUGCCAAGACCAUCCGCAACGACAACUCGAGCCGCUUCGGAAAGUACAUCGACAUCCACUUCAACAAGCGGGGCGCCAUCGAGGGCGCCAGGAUUGAGCAGUACCUGCUGGAGAAGUCACGCGUCUGUCGCCAGGCCCCCGACGAAAGGAAUUACCACGUGUUCUACUGCAUGCUGGAGGGCAUGAGCGAGGAGCAGAAGAAGAAGCUGGGCCUGGGCCAAGCCACGGACUAUAACUACUUGGCCAUGGGUAACUGCAUAACCUGUGAGGGCCGCGAGGACAGCCAGGAGUACGCCAACAUCCGCUCGGCCAUGAAGGUGCUCAUGUUCACUGACACCGAGAACUGGGAGAUCUCAAAGCUCCUGGCCGCCAUCCUGCACCUGGGCAACCUGCAGUAUGAGGACCGCACGUUUGAAAACCUGGAUGCCUGCGAAGUCCUCUUCUCCCCAUCCCUGGCCACAGCCGCAUCCCUGCUUGAGGUGAACCCCCAGGACUUGAUGAAUUGCCUGACUAGCCGCACCAUCAUCACCCGUGGGGAGACGGUGUCCACCCCACUCAGCAGGGAGCAGGCACUGGACGUGCGAGACGCCUUUGUCAAGGGGAUCUACGGGCGGCUCUUUGUGUGGAUCGUGGACAAGAUCAAUGCAGCGAUUUACAAGCCCCCCUCCCAGGAGGUGAAGAACUCUCGCCGGUCUAUCGGCCUCCUGGAUAUCUUUGGGUUCGAGAACUUUGCCGUGAACAGCUUCGAGCAGCUCUGCAUCAACUUUGCCAACGAGCACCUGCAGCAGUUCUUUGUGCGGCACGUGUUCAAGCUGGAGCAGGAGGAGUACGACCUGGAGAGCAUCGACUGGCUGCACAUCGAGUUCACAGACAACCAGGAUGCCCUGGACAUGAUCGCCAACAAGCCCAUGAACAUCAUCUCCCUCAUCGACGAGGAGAGCAAGUUCCCCAAGGGCACGGACACCACCAUGUUGCAUAAGCUGAACUCCCAGCACAAGCUUAACUCGAACUACAUUCCCCCCAAGAACAACCACGAGACCCAGUUUGGGAUCAACCACUUUGCAGGUGUCGUCUACUAUGAGACCCAAGGCUUCCUGGAGAAGAACCGGGACACCCUGCACGGGGACAUCAUCCAGCUGGUCCACUCCUCCAGGAACAAGUUCAUCAAGCAGAUCUUCCAGGCCGACGUUGCCAUGGGCGCCGAGACCAGGAAGCGCUCACCCACACUCAGCAGCCAGUUCAAGCGGUCGCUGGAGCUGCUGAUGCGCACGCUGGGUGCCUGUCAGCCCUUCUUCGUGCGCUGCAUCAAGCCCAAUGAGUUCAAGAAGCCCAUGCUGUUCGACCGGCACCUGUGUGUGCGCCAGCUGCGGUACUCAGGGAUGAUGGAGACCAUCCGAAUCCGCCGAGCCGGCUACCCCAUCCGCUACAGCUUCGUGGAGUUCGUGGAGCGCUACCGAGUGCUGCUGCCCGGCGUGAAGCCAGCCUACAAGCAGAAUGACCUCCGGGGGACAUGUCAGCGCAUGGCUGAGACUGUUCUGGGCACCCACGAUGACUGGCAGAUUGGCAGAACCAAAAUUUUUCUGAAGGACCACCACGACAUGCUGCUGGAGGUGGAACGGGACAAGGCCAUCACCGACAGAGUCAUCCUCCUCCAGAAGGUCAUCCGGGGGUUCAAAGACAGGUCCAACUUCCUGAAGCUGAAGAACGCUGCCACGCUGAUCCAGAGGCACUGGCGGGGCCACAACUGCAGGAGGAACUACGGGCUGAUGCGGCUGGGCUUCCUGAGGCUGCAGGCUCUGCACCGCGCCCGGAAGCUGCACCAGCAGUACCGCCUGGCCCGCCGGCGCAUCAUCGAGUUCCAGGCCCGCUGCCGCGCCUACCUGGUGCGCAAGGCCUUCCGCCACCGCCUCUGGGCCGUGAUCACCGUGCAGGCCUACGCCCGGGGCAUGAUCGCCCGCAGGCUGCAUCGGCGCCUCAGGGCCGAGUACCUGCGGCGCCUGGAGGCUGAGAAAAUGCGGCUGGCGGAGGAGGAGAAACUCCGGAAGGAGAUGAGCGCCAAGAAGGCCAAGGAGGAGGCCGAACGCAAACAUCAGGAGCGUCUGGCCCAGCUGGCUCGUGAGGAUGCAGAGCGGGAGCUGAAGGAGAAGGAGGAGGCUCGGCGCAAGAAGGAGCUCCUGGAGCAGAUGGAGAGGGCCCGCCACGAGCCUGUCAAUCACUCAGACAUGGUGGACAAGAUGUUUGGCUUCCUGGGGACUUCGAGUGGCCUGCCAGGCCAGGAGGGCCAGGCGCCUAGUGGCUUUGAGGACCUGGAGCGCGGGCGGAGGGAGAUGGUGGAGGAGGACCUGGACGCGGCCCUGCCCCUGCCUGACGAGGACGAGGAGGACCUCUCCGAGUAUAAAUUCGCCAAGUUUGCCACCACCUACUUCCAGGGCACCACCACGCACACCUACACUCGACGGCCGCUCAAGCAGCCACUGCUCUACCACGAGGACGAGGGCAACCAGUUGGCGGCCCUGGCAGUCUGGAUCACUAUCCUCCGGUUCAUGGGGGACCUCCCAGAGCCCAAGUACCACACGGCCAUGAGUGAUGGCAGCGAGAAGAUCCCUGUGAUGACCAAGAUUUACGAGACCUUGGGCAAGAAGAUGUACAAGAGGGAGCUGCAGGCCCUGCAAGGCGAGGGCGAGGCCCAGCUCCCCGAGGGGCAGAAGAAGAGCAGUGUGAGGCACAAGCUGGUGCACUUGACCCUGAAGAAGAAGUCCAAGCUGACAGAGGAGGUGACCAAGAGGCUGCAUGACGGGGAGUCCACGGUACAGGGCAACAGCAUGCUGGAGGACCGGCCUACCUCCAACCUGGAGAAACUGCAUUUCAUCAUUGGCAACGGCAUCCUGCGGCCUGCACUCCGGGAUGAGAUCUACUGUCAGAUCAGCAAGCAGCUCACUCACAACCCGUCCAAGAGCAGCUAUGCCCGGGGCUGGAUCCUUGUGUCUCUCUGCGUGGGCUGCUUCGCCCCCUCCGAGAAGUUUGUCAAGUACCUGCGGAACUUCAUCCAUGGUGGACCACCUGGCUACGCCCCGUACUGUGAGGAGCGGCUCAGGAGGACCUUCGUCAAUGGGACUCGGACACAGCCGCCCAGCUGGCUGGAGCUGCAGACCCUCCUGGGUCACUUUCAGGCCACCAAGUCCAAGAAGCCCAUCAUGUUGCCUGUGACGUUCAUGGACGGGACCACCAAGACCCUACUGACAGACUCGGCGACCACAGCCAAGGAGCUCUGCAGCGCGCUGGCAGACAAGAUCUCGCUCAAGGACCACUUUGGGUUCUCCCUCUACAUCGCCCUGUUUGAUAAGGUGUCCUCCCUGGGCAGCGGCAGUGACCACGUCAUGGACGCCGUCUCCCAGUGUGAGCAGUAUGCCAAGGAGCAGGGCGCCCAGGAGCGCAACGCCCCGUGGAGGCUCUUCUUCCGCAAGGAGGUCUUCACGCCCUGGCACAACCCCUCUGAGGACAACGUGGCCACCAACCUCAUCUACCAGCAGGUGGUGCGCGGGGUGAAGUUCGGGGAGUACAGGUGUGAGAAGGAGGAUGACCUUGCUGAGCUGGCCUCCCAGCAGUACUUUGUGGACUAUGGCUCCGAGAUGAUCCUCGAGCGCCUCCUGAACCUUGUGCCCACCUACAUCCCCGACCGCGAGAUCACGCCCCUGAGGACGCUGGAGAAGUGGGCCCAGCUGGCCAUUGCUGCCCACAAGAAGGGGAUUUAUGCCCAGAGGAGAACUGAUGCCCAGAAGGUCAAAGAGGAUGUGGUCAAUUAUGCUCGCUUCAAGUGGCCCUUGCUCUUCUCCAGGUUCUACGAAGCCUACAAGUUCUCAGGCCCCAGCCUCCCCAAGAACGACGUCAUUGUGGCCGUCAACUGGACAGGCGUCUAUUUCGUGGAUGAGCAGGAGCAGGUGCUUCUGGAGCUGUCCUUCCCCGAGAUCAUGGCCGUGUCCAGCAGUCGGGGAGCGAAACUGACAGCCCCCAGCUUCACGUUGGCCACCAUCAAGGGGGAUGAGUACACUUUCACCUCCAGCAACGCUGAGGACAUCCGUGACCUAGUGGUCACCUUCCUGGAGGGGCUCCGGAAGAGGUCUAAGUAUGUGGUGGCCCUGCAGGACAAUCCCAACCCUGUGGGUGAGGAGUCAGGCUUCCUCAGCUUUGCCAAGGGGGACCUCAUCAUCCUGGACCACGACACAGGCGAGCAGGUCAUGAACUCGGGCUGGGCCAACGGCAUCAAUGAGAGGACCAAGCAGCAUGGGGACUUCCCCACCGACUGCGUGUAUGUCAUGCCCACUGUCACCAUGCCACCACGGGAGAUUGUGGCCCUGGUCACCAUGACCCCCGACCAGAGGCAGGAUGUUAUCCGGCUCCUACAGCUGCGAACGGCAGAGCCUGAGGCGCGCGCCAAGCCCUACACGCUGGAGGAGUUUUCCUAUGACUACUUCAGGCCGCCGCCCAAGCACACACUGAGCCGCGUGAUGGUGUCCAAGGCCCGUGGCAAGGACCGGCUCUGGAGCCACACGCGGGAGCCGCUCAAGCAGGCGCUGCUCAAGAAGAUCCUGGGCAGUGAGGAGCUCUCGCAGGAAGCCUGCAUGGCCUUCAUCGCUAUGCUCAAGUACAUGGGUGACUACCCAUCCAAGAGGGUGCGCUCAGUCAACGAGCUCACUGACCAGAUCUUUGAAGGUUCCCUGAAGGCUGAGCCCCUCAAGGACGAGGUGUAUGUGCAGAUCCUGAAGCAGCUGACAGACAACCACAUCAGGUAUAGUGAGGAGAGGGGCUGGGAGCUGCUCUGGCUGUGCACAGGGCUCUUCCCGCCCAGCAACAUCCUCCUGCCCCACGUGCAGCGCUUCCUGCAGUCCCGUAAGCACUGUGUGCUGGCCAUUGACUGUCUGCAGCGGCUCCAGAAAGCCCUGAGAAACGGGUCCCGGAAGUACCCCCCACACCUGGUGGAGGUGGAGGCCAUCCAGCACAAAACCACCCAGAUUUUCCACAAGGUGUACUUUCCUGAUGACACGGACGAGGCCUUCGAGGUGGAGUCCAGCACUAAGGCCAAGGACUUCUGCCAGAACAUCGCCGCCCGGCUGCUCCUCAAGUCCUCGGAGGGAUUCAGCCUCUUUGUCAAAAUUGCAGACAAGGUCAUCAGCGUCCCUGAGAACGACUUCUUCUUUGACUUUGUUCGACACCUGACGGACUGGAUAAAGAAAGCACGGCCCGUAAAGGAUGGAAUUGUGCCCUCGCUCACCUACCAAGUGUUCUUCAUGAAGAAGCUGUGGACCACCACGGUGCCAGGGAAGGACCCCAUGGCUGAUUCCAUCUUCCACUAUUACCAGGAGUUGCCCAAGUAUCUCCGCGGCUACCACAAGUGCACGCGCGAGGAGGUGCUGCAGCUGGGGGCGCUGAUCUACAGGGUCAAGUUUGAGGAGGACAAGUCCUACUUCCCCAGUAUCCCCAAGCUGCUGCGGGAGCUGGUGCCCCAGGACCUCAUCCGGCAGAUCUCACCUGAUGACUGGAAACGGUCCAUCGUCGCCUAUUUCAACAAGCACGCAGGGAAGUCCAAAGAGGAGGCUAAGCUGGCCUUCCUGAAGCUCAUCUUCAAGUGGCCCACCUUUGGCUCAGCCUUCUUCGAGGUGAAGCAAACUACGGAGCCCAACUUCCCUGAGAUCCUCUUAAUUGCCAUCAACAAGUAUGGGGUCAGCCUCAUCGAUCCCAGAACCAAGGACAUCCUGACCACUCACCCCUUCACCAAGAUCUCCAACUGGAGCAGUGGCAACACCUACUUCCACAUCACCAUUGGGAACCUGGUGCGCGGAAGCAAACUUCUCUGUGAGACGUCACUGGGCUACAAGAUGGAUGACCUCCUGACUUCCUAUAUUAGCCAGAUGCUCACGGCCAUGAGCAAACAACGGGGCUCCAGGAGUGGCAAGUGAACAGUGGGAAGGUGGCGCUGGCUCCAGGCCUGCUCUCUAGGCAGCAGCUGGCUCCCAACCAUCAGCCACCUCUGCACCGGGGGAAGACCUGUGCCGUCCAGGCAGACUGACCACUGACCACACCAAUGUGACCUCUGACCCUUCUUCCAGCAAGGCGGCCUUGCCGGGAUGCAGAGCUCCCCUCCGUCCACCCUGGAAGCAUCUGGUGGGUUCCAGUCCUGGCUUGCUGAGACCUUCCCAGUUGUAAGAGCCUAUGUUCCUUGGACGCCACUCUUAUCUCAGACCAGCCCUACCAUGUCAUACUGUGAACAACCAAACCACCAAACCAAGAAUACUCUGAAACCUGAGUCCAGAAACCUUUGCGGUAGGUGAGGGGCACAGACCAACUUUAUACACUACAGUGUGGGUGCUAAGCCCCCGUUCGAGUCUCCCCUGAUCACCUCAGAGCAUAAGCACGUGCUUCACUUUCUGGUCCUAUAGCAUCUUUGCUGGGGGAAGGGGAGGGGCAGGGAGUAUGUGGAGGCAGGGCAGGGGCCUGUGUGGGAGUAGCCUAUAUACCUGUCUCCUUGGUCUGUGUGUGCAGGCUGGUCUGGGUUUGGGGGUUGAGGUGCCUGAGCCCGUGGUGUGCUAGAAAGCGGCUUCAGUAGGGACUGGCUGGGACUGGGGCAGGUCGGGGGGCAAAUGCUGGACGUCAGCCUGGAAGGUGGAGACCUAAGUGUGGAUGCACUGGAGAGCUAGAGGGGGAACUGUGUGACCAGGCGGGAACAACCAAGUUUGGACAUGACCUGGGCAGGUCUAGGGGUGAGGGCUUCAGACAGGGAAGGUGUGAUUUGGUGGGGGGGACAUCCUUCUGGGCUAAGGCUGGGAUGAGUGCCUAGAGAAGUGAUGGGAGAAUCCCCCUGAGGUGGGCGUGUUUGUGAUCUGCCCCCAAGGUUCCCUCGACCUUCAGCAGAAAUAGCCACGUCCCACUUGCCCUUCCACACUGAAGUGUCUGGGGUCACCUGCAUCUAGGUGACAAAGCACUCCAUGGGGACUGCUAUUCCUAUUUUCUCCAGAUGCUGUGUGGGAGGGGAGGGGCCGGUUGUCGAAAUGGAAGUCUCAAACCAGACAGCUCUGCUUUCUCGGGUGACGGGUUGUCUGAGGUAGCCCUGCCCCACCAGUGUUUACAUUACUCCACAGUCAGCCCAGGAUAAACUGGAGCCACACAUCUGCCCCCACACAUCGUCAUACAGAUGGAGAUACUGAGGCCUGGAGGAGGAGUUUGAAUAGGUAGAGGUCACAUAGUAGAACUCAGUUCACUGCUUCUAACAUUAGACUCCCAGACAGACGUUCUAAGCUCUAGUUUCCCUUCAAGGCCAAAGGCUACUGGGUGGUCAUGGGAUUAUGCCCAUCAUCCCCCCUGGGGAUUCAGCCAAUGACAAGCUAUCAGGAAGCACUGCACACUGGAGGACAGAAUGUGUGCGUUGGGUAAGAUCUUUGCCCCUGACUCACUCAUGCCCAUGCCACCUCUCAUUCUGACUCAGGAUGGCAUCACUUUGGCACUCAUCCCCUAGUGAGUGACCACAGAGGGAUCCAAAAAGUGUAUCAUUUACCUUCUGGGUUCCUGAGAGGUCUCCUUUAUUUACAUGCUGAUGUUCACCACAGCCACUCCUGUAACGGGGAACAUCAUGAAGGGUAAGGAUGAGACAAAUCCCGUGACAUGGGAGUGUAACCAGUUCCAACUCCAAGACCACGACUAUUUUUCCUUUGCUGUUCCCCUUGAGAUAAAAGGCUAGACCAGAAAGGUUUUCCUGAGAGCUUCCAUGGCUCUUCUGCAUGCCUUUCCUGACCACUUUCUACCAUCAGGUCACCCUGGGGCACAAAGAGGAAAAAGGGGAGAAAUUGUCUAAUUCUUCUUGGAAGACAGCCCAAAGGGGGAAAGCAACAUGCUGGAUGUGGUUUAAAAAAAAAAUCAUAAAAGAGGAUUAUUGGGAGAAUUCAAAAGUGGAAGGCUUUGGGGAUUCUGUUUUGGGAAGGGGACCUUCAUCGAGGGAUCGUUAAAUCAUUCGUCUCCAAUGUAGGCCUCUCUUCUGGCUUCUGAUGUGGGUGCUUGGGUGAGUUCAAAGGCCAUCUUGGUGGACACUGGUUAUCAAGGCAUCAGUGGUUGGGUAGUUUCCUGGACUGGCUCUGGAUUGAUGGACUGAGAGCCUGGGAGUUCCCCUACACUCUUGGUUAAAGUCUCAGGGCUUUCCAUAACAUUCAAAGCUGCUUCAUUCUCUGUGUUUUCCUUUUGGAGGCUUACACUUGGAGUUUCUGUGGGAUAGAAAAGACAAAAACACAGAUUGCGCCAGUGUCACUUCUCCAAUCUCUGUGGUCAUCUGGUAAAAUCUUAGUCAUCUUUAAAAUGUUAGCCCCUCACUUACCAUCUCAGGGUCUUUCCCCCUAUUCUCUCCCUAGCCAGGCUUUGGGCAGACUCUGCGAUGGUCCUCCAAUCCAUCACAAUGCUGGAAUUUGAGUCUGUUGUGUGAGGUUCUAGCUCACCAUGGAAGGCAGAGACUGACAUUUACUUAAAGUUCAUGCAUUUCACAACCAUUGCUUCCAAAUCAGUUUGAACAGAAAAAUGACUGUAUCUUCCAUUAGAAUGGGAGCUUUUCAAGGACAGUGACUUUGUCUUGCUUGCCUCCACAUACACAGUGCUCAGGAGUGUCUUGCCAGCCAGAAAUUGCUGUAAACACAGUAAUUGCUCAAAAAAUGUUUUUUUUAAAGAUAGAAAAAAAAGAUGGAGACUUUUUUCUAGUAAUGGAGCUAGGAAAUGGACUCUUCUCAGAGACAAACUAAAAACUGGGUAAUAUACAAAACCAACAAAACAUCUUAAAAUUAUCUAAGAGUUUACAAUAUGGUGAGGAACUGUGAAGCUGAAAUCUAGAAGAAAGUGCGAAUCCAAAGAAAUCCAGAAUUCAAUUAUUUUUGCCCCAAGUGUGACUUCACUCUUGAAGAAACAGUUCCACCCAUGAGGUCCAUUUUUUGUCAGCUUCACAGAAAGAAGGGGAUUUUUAUUGCACUUGAAUUUGUAGGUCAAUUCCAUGACAGCCAGUAUCUAUAAUAUUAGGUUUUCUAAUUCAUGGAUGUUGCUCCAUUUACCUGGGUCUUCUUUCUCUCAGUAAUCUUUUGUAGUUUUUCAGUGACCAAUCAUCUAUCUUCUUUGCAAGGGCACCGAUAUUUCCCUACAAUUCCUGCUUAAGCUUUUAUGCUGUUGUAAAUGAUGGUAUUUCAAUUUAAGUUUCCAAUUACUCAUUGAUAACAUAUAGACAUACAAUUGAUUUUUUUGUUAUUGACCUUAUAUCCUGAGGCACUGCUGAACUCCCUUACUAGUUCUAGUAGGUUUGUUGUCUGAUUCCUUAGAAUUUUUUAAUGUAAAUAAUCUUUACUCCUCUUGCAAUCACUCCUGCAUAUCAGGAAUUUUGUUUCUUCCUUUAUGUCUGUUACUUACUAAACUUGCUAGGAUCUCCAGUACAAUGCUGAAUAGAAGUGGUGAGAGCAGGUAUCCUUGCAUUAUUUCUGACUUUAGAGGGAAAAUACUGUUUCACCAUUAAAAAUGAUAUUGGCUGGAGGUUUUCUGUAAAUAUCUUUCAUCAGAUUGAGGAAAUUUCCUUCUAUUCCUAGCUUACCCAGAGCUUUGAUCAUAAAUAGGUGUUGAUUUGUGUCAAAUAUGCUUUUUCUACUUUAUAACCUCCCAUAUUAACAAAAUACUGAUUUUCAGUGAUAUAUUCAUUUUGCACUGCUGAGACAAACCUCAGUAGCUCAUGAUGUUUUAUCUUUUAUAUAUACUAAUGGAUUCAAUCUGCUGAUAAUUUGUUCAGGAUUUUUAUGUCCAAGUUCACGAAUGAUACUGAUCUGUACAUUUUGUUCUUGCACUGUCUUUGUCAGAUUUUUAUGAGAUUAUUGCUGGCCUCAAAGAAUCAGCUAGGAAAUGUUCCUGAGUUGGUAUAAAAUUGGUAUUUCUUAAGUAUUUCAUUAACCAGUGAAACUCUUUGGGCCUGGACUUUUUCUUUGUGGUGAGAUUUUUGAUACACAGAUUUGAUUUUGAUAUAUAAUGGGGUCAUUACAAACUUCUAUUUCUUCUCUCAGUUCUGAUGUUGCAUAUUUCAAGGAAUUUGUCUAUUUCAUCUAAAAUGUCAAAUUUAAUGGCUUAAAAAUGUUCAUAAUUUUCCUUUUUAUGUCUAGGAUCUGGAGUGAUAGUCCCUCUUUCAUUAAUCAUUUAUCAUAUUGGCAAUCUCUCUUGCCCUCCUUCAUCUUACUAAGAGUUUAUCAAUUGCAGUAAUCUUUUCUAAGAAUUAAGUUUUCACUUUUAAAAUCUUCUCUUUUGUUUGUAUCUUUUCUAUCUCAAUGUUCUGUCUUUUUCUAGAUUGUUAAGGUAGAAAGUCAAUAUUAAACUAACCUUCCUUCUAACGGGUAAAGUUACAAAUUCCCCUCUAAGUCCUGCUUUAAGCUGUACCCCACCAAUUUUGCUGUUGUAUAUGCAUUAUCCUUUAAAAUAUUUUCCAAAUUCCCUCAUAAUCAAUGAAAUGUUUAGAACUACAUUAAUUUCCAGCAUCUAGAGGAUUAUCUCAGAGUUUUAUUAAUGUUUGUUUCUAAUUUAAUGUCUUUCAGGGUCACAAAACUGAUUUUGGUCCUUUGAAAUUUAUUUAUUGAUGACAUCUUUUACAUAUUCUCACUUUAGGCAUCUCUAACUAUUGUAGUUAUUUUUACUACUUCUAUUUUUAAAUUUUCAGGUGAUUCAUCUACUACCUUUAUUAUAUAUUUACAUUUUCCAGUGAGAAUUUUAUGCUUGUAUGUUUCUUUAUUAUCAAUUAGUGCCAUUUCCUUUCGGCUUAAAGAAGUCCCUUUAACAUUUCUUGUAAAGCUCGUUUAGUAAUGAACUCUUCUAGCUUUUGUUUAUCCAGGAACCUCUGGAUCUGUCCUUCAAUACUGAAUGGUAGGUAACCUUGCUGGCUAGAAAGUUCUUGGUUGGAAGUUUUUUCCUUUCAGCACCUUGAAUUUAUCAUGCCUGUCCCUUUUGGCCUGUAAAGUUUCUGCUAAAAAAUAUCUUCUGAUAGCCUUGUGGGGGUUUCCUUUGUAUGUAACAAGCUGAUUUUUGCUUGCUCCUUUUAGGAUUCUCUCUUUAUCCUUAACUUACUAUUUUAAUUGUAAUGUGUCUUAGUAUGUGUCCUUUAGGGUUAUUUGGAACUCUCCGGGCUUCCUGGAUCUGGAUGUCUGUGUUUCUCCUCAAAUUAGGGAAGUUUUCAGCCACUAUUUCUUCAAUUUAUUCUUUAGCCCUUUCUCUCUCUCUCUCCUUCUGGGAUCCCUAUAAUGCCAGUGCUAUUACAUUAUGAGACCCUUGGAACAACAUUGAGUGUAUAGUCCCUUUUUAAAAUUUUUUUCAUUUGGCUGCUGAGUUCCAGUGUUUUGUCUUCCAGCUCACUGAUGUAUUCUUCUACCUCAUCCAGUCUGCUGUUGAACCCCUCUAAUAUAUUUUUUCAGUUCAUUUAUAAUUUGUUUGGUACUUUCUUAUAUUUUCUUUCUGUUGAAGUUCUGUGUUCAUCUAUUUUUCUCCUGAGUUCAGUAAGCAUAUUUAUGACCAUUACUUUUAACUCCUUAUCAGGUAGAUUGUGUAUGUGUCACUUAGUUCUUUUUCUAAGGUUUGGUUUUGUUCUUUUGAUUGGAGCAUAUUCCUGUCUCCUCUUUUUGCCAAAUUCUCUGUGUCUACAUAUCAGGUAAAUCAGCUAUCUUGUCCAGAUUUGUUUUAUGGCUUGUCACGUGGUCCAUUUUGGGCAAAUAUGCAAUGUACAUUUGAAAAUGUUCGUAUUCUGCAGUUGUUAUUUUAUGUCAAUUAGGUCAAGUUGGCUGAAAGUGUUCAGACUUCUAUAUCCUGAUUUCUCCCAGCUUUUGUUUAAUGUGUUUUGAAUCUUUAUUAAGCAUAUAAUUAUAAUGCCUUCCUGAUAUAGUGACCGUUUCAUCAUUAUGAAAUCUGUUUCCAAUAAUACUGCAUGGUUUAAAGUUUAUUUUUUCAGAUAUUUCUUAUGCUUGUUUGCAUGGCAUUAUUUUCUCCUUUCACUUUUAAUUUGUGUUUCUGUAUUUUAAGUAUAUCUUUUGUAGACAGCACAUGGUUGGGUCUUGUUUUUUCCUCUCCAGUCUUGACAGUCUCAACUUUUGUUUUGAGUAUAUGGUCCAUUUACGUUUAAUUAAUAAAAUGGUUGAAUUUA